GGGGGCACGCCCGGGCGCGCGCAGGGGAGAGGCCGGCGCAGCGGCCGUUGUCGGGUUCGACUGCCGGGGCGGGAGAGUCACCUGCGAGCCGCGGCUCUGGCAGGCGGCCCGCCUGCCCACCCGCCGCGUCUGGAUCGCGCCGGCUGCGCGGGGCCGCGGACCGCACACACCCUGGGAGGCCCGGGGCGGGGAGCAGGCAGAGUCUGUGCCCGGCGUCCGCAACUAGAAGGAAUCGGACCUUCGCCGCCACCGCCUGCGCCCGUCUGGGGUAUUAGGAGAAGAUGGUGGAUCGCUUGGCAAACAGUGAAGCAAACACUAGACGUAUAAGUAUAGUGGAAAAUUGUUUUGGAGCAGCUGGUCAACCCUUAACUAUACCUGGACGGGUUCUUAUUGGAGAAGGAGUAUUGACUAAGUUGUGCAGAAAAAAGCCCAAAGCAAGGCAGUUUUUCUUAUUUAAUGAUAUUCUAGUCUAUGGCAAUAUUGUCAUCCAGAAGAAAAAAUAUAACAAACAACAUAUUAUUCCCCUGGAAAAUGUCACUAUUGAUUCUAUCAAAGAUGAGGGAGACUUAAGGAAUGGAUGGCUUAUCAAGACACCAACUAAAUCAUUUGCAGUUUAUGCUGCCACUGCUACUGAGAAAUCAGAAUGGAUGAAUCACAUAAACAAAUGUGUUACUGAUUUACUCUCCAAAAGUGGGAAGACACCCAGUAACGAACAUGCUGCUGUCUGGGUUCCUGACUCUGAGGCAACUGUGUGUAUGCGUUGUCAGAAAGCAAAAUUCACACCUGUUAAUCGUCGUCACCACUGCCGCAAAUGUGGUUUUGUUGUCUGUGGACCCUGCUCUGAAAAGAGAUUUCUUCUUCCCAGCCAGUCCUCUAAGCCUGUGCGGAUUUGUGACUUCUGCUAUGACCUGCUUUCUACUGGGGACCUGGCCACAUGCCAGCCUACUAGAUCAGACUCUUACGGUCAAUCAUUGAAGUCCUCUUUAAAUGAUGUAUCUGAUGAUGAUGAUGAUGAUGAUAGCAGUGACUAAGGACACAUUUUGCGAUAUUUAAUUGGGUAUGACUAUCUGAGAAAUCAACUGUGGGGGAAAUGUAAAAUUCUGAGCUGUGUCUCAGUUUUGCUCUAGCCAUGAUUUGCCUGAGAAACUUGUAACCUAUGUGCCUCAAAAUAUUCUUAGGAAGUAGUUUCCCCUGCCUUUUCCCCCUCCUUGCACUCUUCCACAGGGAUAGACUUUUGCAAAUAUAUCACCUACAUUUUU